GAGCUUUAUUGCUACCAGCUCGUUCUGCAGGCGCAAAUGCCCUUGUCAAUGGAGUUCGCUGUCAAGUCAGAGCAAUACAAUCUAUUCUAAAGUAGGGGUUUAUUUCACAGUUUUGUGCUUAAUAGCAUACUAUUGCUUUUAGGACCAUGGCUGCAAAGAUUUUGCCUGUAGUCAAAUUUGCAACAAAAGUGACCAUUGCAGGUGGCGCCCUGUAUGUUGCAUAUGAUUCAGGACUUCUUGGAGAUAGCAAAGAGGGAUCGGUCACCUUGGGUCGAGCUAAAGCUGCCAUCCCACCUGCUGUGGAGGAGUGGAUGAAGUACUUUGGCUUUGAGCUUCCUGCCACGCCCAAAAUUGAGUUCUCACCACUGGAUGCAUGGAACUCAGGGGUCCAGAAGUCUAUCCAUGCCCUAUCGGUCACCCCGUCCACAGUUAGUGACUACACCAAACAAGGCCUCCAAUACGUUAAAAACCUCACAAAAUGAGUAUUUAGAACUUUAAAGUUAGUAUAAGAUGCUCUCGAAAUAUUUCAGUGGAUGAAAAGACUUACACACUUCGAGAAGCUUUUCCCCUGCAUAUAUGUCACAGACUAAAUUCCAUUAUGGAACAAAAAUUUGAAUUAUUAUGAGGAUAGUAAUGGUACAAACCCAAUUUUGCUCUUCGGUAACAGAAAAAUACAGUUGUAAAGCAUUGAGAUGAAUCAAAAAUAAUUUGAAGAUCAUAAUAUAAGUGGGUUAUAUGUAUAUUGUUAUUCAGCUCU